GCGAUGUUUCUCUCUACUUUUUUCAUAGAUCUGUGGUUUUGCCGUUCGAUGGCGGGGUGUGUGUGAAGUGCGCGUGCGCAGUCCCUCCCUGGCGGGCAACUCUUUGUCGCUCCGUCUGCGGUGAGGCCGCUCGGCGACUUCCGUGUCGAAGGGCAAGAAGAGAGUUCUGGCGCCUUCGGAAGAUGCCGGGCCCUGUUCAAGGGUGCCCGAACCCCUUAUUUACGCGCUGGCUCCAGGAGUGGCGGGACCAGGCCGCCGAGCGCGGGCGCGUCAGGAGCCAACGCGCCUAUGAACGGGCGCUAAGCUCCCUCCUCAAAUACCCGCUCCCUUUGCGCAGUGGGCGCGAGGCCCGCAUCCUCCAGUACUUCGGUGAGCAGAUCUGCCAUCAGCUAGAUGAACAGCUGGAGAGGCACCGCUGCGCCCAGGACGGUACAGCGUGGACAGGUCUGCAGACCCCACCUUCUUUUCGGAAGGAGCAGGAGGAUGCAGAGCCCCUCAGCGGCAAAGGCCUAUCUGCUGGCGAUAUCCCCGAGCUGCAGCCUGCCCUAUGCCCCACAGAGCCAGAUCAAAAUCAAGGACAGCUCAUAAAGAAAAAGCAACCCCCGUCACGCCAGCGUGCCCGGAGGUACCUCCCAGAUCCCCGUUCUGGAGCCUACGCCAUCUUGGUGGCUCUUUACCAGGACAGUACGAAUCCUCACUCCCGGGGUUACCUGACGAAGCCAGAAUUGCAGAGAGCUGCUCAGCCGCUGUGCGAUAAAUCUUUCUUUCUGGCCGAUCCUGGGAGUAAGAACACUGCCUGGUCUGCAGUCAGCAGUCUGCUUCGCAGGGAGCUAGUCCUCAAGACCAAUAUCCCAGCCAGCAGAUACUCUCUCAUGGAGGCAGGGCUAACCUUAGCCCAGGAGCUGACAGCUUUGAAAGAGCCGAAGGAGAAGGAUUCCACAUCACCGGCGGCUGGAGCCAGAGAACCCUUGCCGCUUUUGGAAGGAGACAUUGAAGACAGGCAGUGUUCAGAAAGGUCGGACCAGGGUACCUCCUCCGAGUCAAGCUGCGGAGAGCCAAGGGCAGACUUGUUAAAGCCCCAGUUUACCUUCCACCCAGGAGACUUUAAUGUUAUCCUCUGUGUGGAUUUCAUCGAGACCACGGGCGGUCCCACGUCCCGGAAACAAGACUUAGUGAGCGAGCUCCAGCGGAACAACGUUCCCUUCAGCAUCCGGAAGCUUCACAUUGGAGACUUCCUGUGGGUGGCCAGGGAGAGCGUCUCUUCUUUUGCAGGGCAGCUACACGCACCCACCGCUCGGGAGCUGGUGCUGGACUACGUGGUGGAACGAAAACGGAUGCCGGACUUAUGCGGUAGCAUCAUUGACGGCCGCUUUCGGGAGCAGAAGUUCCGUCUGCGUCAGUGUGGCAUUUCCCACCCCAUCUACCUGGUGGAAGAUUCAGGCUCUGUGCAACACCUCAGCUUGCCCGAAAAGACUCUCCAGCAAGCGAUGACCAACACCCAGGUGGUGGACGGCUUCUUUGUCAAACGCACCCGUGAUCUUCGGGAAUCUGCAGCGUAUUUGACCCUCAUGACACGUCACCUGACCAGACUGUACGGGAGCAAAACCCUCCUGAGCUGUACGAAGGAGGAAUUGGAGCAAGAGCGCCCCCUGCAGCCCAGCGAUGGCUCCUGCCGGCUCCUGACCUUUGCUGAGUUUAAUGAAGGGGCCGUAAAGAACAAGGCCCAAACGGUGAGCGAGGUCUUUGCCCGGCAGCUCAUGCAAAUCAGCGGCAUCAGCGGAGAGAAGGCAGCUGCCAUACUGGAAAGAUACAAAACACCAGCCAGCCUGCUGGCUGCCUACGCCGCUUGCCCAACCCCGCAGGGCCAAGAGCGGCUGCUGAGUGACAUCAAAUGUGGCAAACUGCAGAGGAACUUGGGCCCUGCCCUGAGCAAGACUUUGGCUCAGUUGUACUGUACGCCGGGACCUCUACCUUGAACCAGUGGGCGGCUGUGCAUAACUGCCCAUGUGUACGGAUUACCACCCUAACUGGGAUAUGACUCCUCUGCAACACACCUCAAUUAGGGGAAGGACCAUUGAGACAAAUAUUAUUUUAGCAGCUGUUGGAAGCUGGCCCAGGAGAUGCCCCACAGAGGCCGGGGAAAGGGGCGUUGUGCCUUCUUGCCUUGACAUUACAUGCUAGUCUGAAAUGCACUUCUUUGCCACCAGCCUUACAAGGCAGCAGCCAAGUUGAUUCUAGUGCAUGCACGCAGCAACAGCAACAAGAAUGUUUGAGUAACAGCUCCCUAUAGGAUAUUCUAAGUCACAUGGUUCUCCUGGCUGCUGAGCUAGGCCCCGCCACAUCUCAUCCCUGUUUAUUUUUUUUUAAAAAAAACUGUUAAUAUUCUAAUAAAACUGCAAACCUUCA